AUGUUAUUUUCAUCCCCCGCAAUUGGUUGUGCUAUCUUCGUCUCAUCCGCCCUCUUCGUAGCAUCACACCCAAGUCCUCAAAGUUCAUCAGGGUCAUCUUCGAUGAACAAUAUGGGAAGCAGUUCAAUGGGAAGCGGUAGUAGUUCAAAAAUGACAGGCCAUAACGGUAUUCCGGGACACGCAGACGGUGACGACAUUCAUGAUGGAAUGUCUCAUACAUCAGAUGGAUCUCACUAUACACCUAGUACAUCAGGACGCAGUACAAACCUAGCCAGCACCGACGGAGGUCACAAUAGUGACGGAGGUCACAAUUCUGACGGAGGUCACAGUACUGGCGGUCACAAUUCUGAAAACGGUCAUUCAGGAGCUCAUCAUUCUGAUGCUCAUCUACCCGGGCCUAUUGCUGGAUGGGUCAUCUUCUCCGGAUUAGCUGGGUUGAUGACUCUUGCUCUAUAA